CGCGGUGUCGCGCGCAGGUUGUCAGGAAAGAGGUGGGCGUUCCUCCGUGUUCGUUCGCAGAGUGUUGAUGCUGAGAGGCUUUUACCCCACUGGGCUAGCUUUCCCGAUGUUUCUCCCUACGCUUGUGGAGGACAUGCAUCACUUUAAACCUAGUCGAGACAGACUGUACACCACCAGGUGUUGUGGUUGUUGCCACGUCCGAACGGGGACUAUCAUCUUGGGAACAUGGUACAUGGUGGUCAACCUGCUGAUGGGCAUCCUGCUGACUGUCGCUGUGACCCAUCCAGAAAAUGUACCCACUAUUGACUUGCAGUAUGAGGUCAUUGACCAUUACUUUGCUUCUGACAGGAUGUCUGAGAAUGCCUGUGUUGGAUUUGCCAUUUCUCUGCUGAUGCUUACUAUCAGUGCCAUGAUGGUGUAUGGAGCCAUUACUCAUCGUGAUGGAUGGCUCAUCCCAUUUUUCUGCUACCAGCUGUUUGACUUUGCCUUGAGCUGCCUGGUGGCCAUCAGCUCUCUCACUUACCUCCCCAGGAUCAAGGAAUAUCUGUGCCAGCUGCCGGAUUUCCCCUACAAGGAUAACCUCAUGUCUCUGGACUCCAGCUGCCUGCUGCUGUUUGUGUUGGUCUUCUUUGCCUUCCUCAUCAUCCUCAAGGCUUAUUUGAUCAACUGUGUGUGGAACUGCUACAAGUACAUCAAUAACAGGAACAUGCCAGAGAUUGCUGUCUACCCUGCAUUUGAGACCCCUCCCCAGUACAUUCUCCCCACUUACGAGAUGGCGAUGAAGAUGCCAGAGAAGGAGCCGCCUCCACCGUACAUGCCCGCUUAAGCACCAGCCUUGUUGCCAAAUCACAAACACACACACACACACACCGUCAUAUGCAUUCCUACAUUCCCUCACCACAUCACGACGCCCUUAUCCCACCCCCCCCCCACUGUGUACGUGUACAGCCACUGAAAAUGUUUGGUUCACCCUCCCCUCCCCUUCCCUGCUGUACAUCUUUAGAGCUUCCAUAGAGAAUCCUGACGGUGUGAGAGGAGAAAGGUGGAAAAGACUGAGAUCUGUGUGAAACGAAUGAAUGAAUGUGACGUUUGGGAAGAGAUGGAAGCUUCUAGCCCAUCCCCUUCUUGCCUUUUUUAAUGUCUUAGCAAAAGGGAUACGAAGUUAAGCGCUCGAUCAUCAAUCCAGCACCAUCCUAUCUAUAGAUUGAUAUAUGAAGUAAAAUAAAUAUUAUGACAAUCCACUUAUUAUAACUCUUAUUGUUGAAUUGUGUUGCGUUUACCCUUCUUAUUAAGAUCUAGCUAUUCCAUCUUGGUCUUGAAUGGAGUCUGUAGCACGUUCUCUGUUAUUUAUUUAGCUUCGCUGGUAGUUCAGUUCGCCAACCCCAAUGUCGUCAUCACCAUCCUCUGCUGAAUCGAAGGGCCUACUUCUGUGUGUUGGCAUAGCUAGCCAAGAGUUUUCCAGCCAAGAGUGAGAGAGAAACAGAGCAGACGCCACCGUUGACGGGUCAUUUUUCUGUACUUCUUUCUCACCCGACACCUGGAGCAAACGGCUAGUCUUGUGAACAUAGUAGUUGCAUGCUUAAACUGCCCUGCCAUUACUUUUACUGGUAAUAUGAUUUUAUUGUUAGUGGAAAACCAUUUGACUUCAAUAAAAGUUUCAGAUCAUUUAU